AUGAAGAGGGAAAUACUAACCCUGGCCUUCGCUCGCUCCGUCUUCGUCGAGUUCCUCUCCACCCUCAUCUUCGUGUUCAUCGGGCUGGGCUCAGCCCUGAAGUGGCCGUCAGCCCUCCCCAGCAUCCUGCAGAUCUCGCUGGCGUUCGGCCUGGCCAUCGGCACCUUGGUGCAGGCGUUCGGCCACAUCAGCGGAGCUCACAUCAACCCGGCCGUCACCGUGGCUUUCUUUGUGGGGAACCAGAUCUCCUUCCUCCGGACCCUCUUCUACGUCAUCGCCCAACUGGUCGGGGCCAUCGCCGGGGCUGGCAUCCUCUACGGCGUGACCCCGGCCAACACCCGUGGCAACCUGGCCAUCAACGCAAUCAACAACAAUGUGACCCCGGGCCAGGCCCUCGUGGUGGAGAUCAUCCUCACCUUCCAGCUGGCUGCCUGCAUCUUUGCAUCCACAGACAGCCGGAGGAACGGCAACGUGGGCGCCCCGGCACUGUCCAUCGGCCUCUCCGUCACCGUGGGUCACUUGGUGGGGAUCUACUUCACGGGCUGCUCCAUGAACCCAGCCCGGUCCUUCGGGCCCGCGGUCGUCAUGAGGAGAUUCAGCCCAGCACACUGGGUGUUCUGGGUUGGACCCAUCCUCGGGGCUUGCUUGGCUGCUCUGCUCUACUUCUACGUCCUAGUCCCCUACUGCAUGAACAUAUCAGAUAGAGUGGCCAUCAUCAAGGGCACCUACGAGUCAGAGGAGGAGUGGGAAGAGCAGAGGGAGGAAAGGAAGAAGUCCAUGGAGUUGACUCCACCGUAG